AUGAAUGUGUUACGCCAAGUUAUUUCUAGGAGAUCCAUCCACCUUGCACCGAGACUACCACUGGAAACCACAUACAAAGAAAAUGGUAUUAAAGGUUUAAUGAGCGCACAGCAAUUUCAAACUGCGUGGUGUGACUAUCAGAGCUACCUUACCAGAAACCUGACCUUGAGGACCGUCGAUAGUGAAUAUGAGACCAGAACUCCAAUGGCUAUUGCAUUGUCAACAGCCAAAGACCCACAAAAGGCUGAUAUAUUUCAUUAUGCAUCACAGGCACACAACAACCAUUUCUUUUUCCAACAACUGAAGGAAUCAAGUCCGUUCAACGAAAACGAAAUUAAGCCUUCACUUUUGAGAUCCUUGCAGAGCACAUUCCAGUCGAUGGAAAACUUUAAGAACGAGCUGUUACUUGCAGCAGACGUUAUGAGCGGUAACGGUUGGGUCUAUCUCAUUGAGGACGAAAAUAAGAUUCUGAAAAUUGUUUCGUGUAAUAACGACGGUACUCCUUAUCUAUACACUAGAAAUCAAUCUGUUGACUUGAAUGCUACCUUUGAGUAUUCCGAUUUCAAGAAAUUACAACGUCAAAGGGAGGACUUGAAGAACGGAGUGAAAGACUAUUCCCUACCACUGCUGUGUAUCAACGUGUGGGAAUAUGCCUAUCUAGUAGAUUACGGUGUCAACGGUAAGGCUGAAUAUUUAGAGAAGCUCUGGGAUUCGAUUGAUUGGAAUGUUAUCAACAAGCGGGUAUUUUCCAACAUUGAAAUGUGA